UAGUGAUGAUUUACUGAAUAUGAUUCGAGGGGGGCGCAACUUCAGAAGGCCAUUUUAACUGAAUGUGAUGCUGAACCGGGGAAGUAUCGUGGUUCAGAACUUGAGGCCUUUGUGUUUUCGGUAUUUUCAUGGCAAGUAAAAAACGUGUUGCGUGCCGACACUUGGACAACAUGCAUCCGUCGGGCGCGUGUUGGUCUGCCCGCCCUUCUCCAGGAUUCAAAAUUCAAACAUCGACGACGUAACUGCAGUUAUAGGCGCCCUGUUGCGUCAGCGGGUUGUGUUAUAAAAACAGGGGCGACGGGCGAGCUGCUUUCCUUCGCCUACUCCUUGCACUACUAGCUCAGUUUGAUUUGAAAAAAAACACUUCCCUGCAUCCGAUGGGCCUCUCUCUUGCUGAAUCAGGGGCUAGUGGGACGACGAGAGGUGAAGAUGGCGAUGCCUCACUGACGUUGCCUGGUCUGGUACUGCAGCCGCCGUCUCCUUCCCUUGAUAAUUCAGCAGCUAGCGCGUGGAGCACCACGGCUAUGGCGGGCGAAGACGACGACGGCAAUGGGGAGGGCGAUGUCGUCCAAGGGGAUAUGCGCAUGUCUCUAUCGCUGACCCAAGUAGAAGGGGCGCAGGACAAAGAAGAAUCAAUGGAGGAAGGAUUCGGCGAUUACGAUCUAUUUGAAGCUGGCGACUCGACGAACAGCAAUGGAGGUUCGGUCAUAAAAGACGAACCUGAAAUCCGGGGCGCGGAGGAGGGGGAAGAUUCUUUCGAUGAGGAUGGAACCAGCAGCCGGUUGAGUAAGAGACGCCGCACGGUAGAGUAG